UUCUACAGUUGUUGGUUUCUCUUCUUGAUGCAAGUGGAUUUAUCCGGCUCCUUGGUUGACAAAAUCGCCACCCCAAGAAACAUGGAGACAACGAAAUUUUAAAAUGAGAUACCAAUCUCUAUGAAAACAAAGGCUUAUGUGUUCAUGUUUGCACUGUCCGUCUCCUGAGUUUCAUGAAGGAAAACAAACUGUCUGGAAGCUGAAGGAUAACCAGGCGGUCCUUGAGGAGUCUUCCUCAGCAUCUGUCAUUACAUGGAUGUCUGCUCAUUAGAAUCAACUGGCCUUUUAGCUAACCACCAGGAGCCUGGGUUCUGACUUCAUUCACACCAUUGACAUCUGUGUGAAAAGUCAUCAUCCAUUCUUUAAAAGCAUUGAUGACUGAAUUGAAACUUUUGGAAGCAAAGAAAAAUUGAAGAUAUCUCACAAAAGAGAAUUAGAUAUUGAAAACGAACUGCAACAAGGCGAGACUUAUUUGGCUGUUUGCCUCCUGAGAACGAAUGUAAUUGCCACCUUAAAGAGGAAAAAAAAAUGAACACCACAUGUAUUGAUGAACAGCACGACCUAGAUCACUAUUUGUUUCCAAUCGUUUACGUCUUUGUGGUCAUAGUCAGCAUUCCAACCAACAUUGGAUCUCUCUGUGUGUCUUUUCUUCAAGCCAAGAAGGAAAAUGAGUUAGGAAUUUACCUCUUCAGCCUAUCACUGUCAGAUCUGCUGUAUGCACUCACUCUCCCUCUGUGGAUUGAUUACACGUGGAAUAAAGACAACUGGACUUUCUCUCCUGCCUUGUGCAAAGGGACUGCUUUCUUCAUGUACAUGAACUUUUACAGCAGCACAGCAUUCCUCACCUGCAUCGCUGUUGAUCGAUACUUAGCAGUUGUCCACCCUUUGAAGUUUUCUUUCCUGAGGACAAGAAGGUUUGCAUUCAUGGUCAGCCUAUCCAUCUGGGUUUUGGAAACCAUCUUCAAUGCUGUCAUUCUGUGGGAAGAUGAGACAGCUGUAGAAUACUGUAAUGUCAAAAAGUCUAAUUUUACUCUAUGCUAUGACAAAUACCCUUUGGAGAAAUGGCAAAUUAAGUUUAACUUGUUUAGGACGUGCACGGGCUAUGCAAUACCUUUGGUCAUCAUGAUGGUUUGCAACCAGAAAGUCUACCAAGCUGUGCAGCAUAAUCAGGCCACGGAAAAGGCUGAAAAGAGAAGAAUCAUAAAACUGCUUGUGAGUGUCACAUUGACUUUUGUUUUGUGCUUCACUCCCUUUCAUACGAUGUUGCUGAUUCGCAGCAUUUUCGAGCGUGAUGUAAACAUUAACAAGCAUACAUUUGACCACAAGUCUGGAAAGCAGAAUUAUAAAAUGUAUAGAAUCACAGUUGCAUUAACAAGUUUAAAUUGUGUUGCUGACCCUAUUCUGUACUGUUUUGUAACUGAAACAGGAAGGUCUGAUAUGUGGAACAUAUUAAAAUUCUGUACGGGAAAGCUUAAUAGAUCACAAGGACAAAGAAAACACAUGCUUUCUAUGUCUACAAAAGAUACUGUGGAGUUAGAUAUCCUGGAAUAGAACCAAGGAAUUAUUUUCAUAGUAUAUAAUAUUGUAUCAUCAAUACAAAAUCAAGAUUACAUUUUGAAAAGGAAAUCUAAUAUGAGAGGGAACUAAGAUUCCAGUUGAGUGAAUAUUUUAAUAUCCUCCCCAACGGAAAUAUUUUAAAAGUACACUGCACAGCUCCCUGACUUUUAUUAAAUGAGUAUUAAACAAAAUUUAUUAUUUUCCUAAUGACUCAGGAUCAUUAUUGUUAAUGGCAAUUGUUUUUGUAUCUGUGCUAUAACCCCUCAGAUGUUAAUAAGAUAUACGAGGUGUGAUCAAAACACCCAGUGAAUGCUGCUGCUGAGUGCCACCCAAGGAAA